AUGGAAUUUAGCUCAGUAUUGAGGCUCCACCGCAGUGACUGGCUGUGGGUCUGUAGUGCCCCUGUACCUCUUGGGCCCAACCUUUUCAGCACUUUUCUUGCCCACCUGCCUACUUCACUCCUUAGUCCUGUGACCACUGCCACCACCUUCAAGGGCGUCAACCCCCACAGCAGGAAUAGCUCCCAAGGCUUGCUCCUUCCAGGUGGUGGGUCCAAUUUUUCAUUAGGCUUUAAUGAAGCAACACACCAGCCCAUGAGGAAGAACAAAAUGACCUUGAACGUCUUUGGGACACUUGGAGAAAAUCCCCCUUCUUGGGCUAUAUACAUCAUAGGUGCGAAGUCUAGAGGGGACAGGAUAGAUUGGAAAUUAUUGGGACCAGAGAGUACAAACUUGUCUGAAGCAAGCUGCAGAGAUUUCUUAGCUCUGAAUGGAGAUGGUGACAUCCAUGGAGACAUGGACACAGACUUCACCAGCCUGAGGCAGAGCAAAGAGAAGGUUGUGUCUGCUGCAUUCAUGUCCAGCCUGGUGGCCUCAACACCAGCUCCUGCCAGAAGAAACCACCAGUAG